CUUGCAAAAGCGUUUCAAUAUGCGGGUCUAUCCUUGGUGGGACCUUUGAGUUCCUUUUGGAUAGGGUCGCAUAUUGGGCGUGACAUCAUUGUUGCGGGUCGGACGCGUCCUCAAUUGGGCAGCUGCUCCUGUAACAAAAUCUGCAGAUUCUGGUUUAUUCGGGUUACAGGUACACGCAGAUCCGUUAAAGCUGGGCGACCACUCCAAGCUCCACCCCACGAGUCACGACUGAUCCCCUUCUCCGUCUGUGCCCCUCCCUCGCCCUCUCAUCCAUGACCUGAAUCCUAAGUGCGCGGCGGCGGCAGAUCCUCUCCUCCGUGGCCCCUCCCUGGCGAAGCAAGCGACGCUACAUCAUUCCUCUUGACAUCAACUGUUGUCCUUUACGACAACGUCGGCCCUAGGUUCGCCGCGACUUCCACUGUGCGGCACUGAUGGAAGCUACCUCCAGGUAUGCCGCUGCAUCUAUCUUCGUUGUUCUAUCCACCUUCUUCCCUGUCUUCCCUACUUCUUCGAUUGCAGAUGCAAACUUUUGACAUCGAUGACAAGGGAGACGAAAAGAACUCGAGGCCGCGCUUGGAAUCCAUGGUACUAGAGUUCAGUAAAAGAGGAGCACGCGGAGCUGUUACAGCCAUGUUUACGCAGUUCCUCUCGUUUUUAGAAUUGUUGAUUCCCUCGUGCCGCCGCUGGCAAUACGCAACUCACACGGCGAGAUCGACGCUACAAGUUCCUGGUCUGUGGUCACUGGGAUUAUCCCAACAUUUGAACAUGACUUAUGCUCGAGUUCACAGGUUGCACAAAGGUUAUCCAAGCUGAAAAAGAAAGUAUCGAUGCCCCAAGGGAAACAAUCAGCCAAUGCAGCUAGGGCAUAGAGUAGUUUGUGUUGGUAUGUUUUUCUUGCUUGCUUGCUCUCAAAUGUGUGCUUGCACAGUUAGAGAUAGAAGUGGUCAGUAGUCUUUUUUUCAUUUGAUAAAAUUGGUAGUCCUUUUUUCGUUGCUCUUCAAUCUGUUCGGGAUAAAAGUUGUUUGAUUGCUUGUCCUUUUUUUCCUCUGUAUCUUUAUGCAUCUUUCUACUAUUAGUAACUUCCUUCUUUCACUCUACCUUUUAUUUCUAGGCUGCCAUUAUUUGACGUGAUGCUAUAGAAAAGUGGAACUUUGUUUUUGGCUCACUAGGCAUUUAUUCGUAGGCAAUUCAACCUCCAAAUAUUACCUCGUCAGUCUCAGUCAAAACUAAGGCUUCGAAUUGGAAUUGACACUAGAGAAAUUAGAGAAUUACAAAUAGAAGACCGGACUUCCUAAUCCUGGGUGUAGGUGUACUCCCUUAUCCAAGUUUUCUUUUCAAGACAAGUCCUCGAGAUGUGGAUCAUGUACAUAAUAUCUAACCGUGCUUGCAGGCUGUAGCAACAAUAGUCCGGCUUCUGUUCUUUGCGUCUUUUUCCACUUUCUCUUGUGAAAAAUUGCUUGGCUCUUAUAUUUCCCUUUUUUUAGAGAAUGUUGGCAGUUAUUGACAAGAGAACAUCAUUACAAUCAUGCUUUUAUAUCUCUGAAGUCUUUGUGAGACGUUAACUUAAGGUUGUACAAAGU